AUGGGUAUUCGUUUGCCCUCAGUGAUUACUAAUGUGAAGCAAAUCCUUAAACUGCAGAGGGAUGUUCCAAGAGGACAUCUAGCUGUUUAUGUGGGAGAUAUCGAGACGAGGAAGCGAUUUGUUGUCCCGGUAUCUUACUUGAAUCAUCCUUCAUUCCAAGACUUGUUGAGGCAGGCAGAGGAAGAGUUUGGAUUUGAUCAUCCAAUGGGAGGUCUUACAUUUCCUUGCAAAGAAGACACUUUUGUUGAUCUCACUACUCAAUUGGGUGCCUCAUAA